AUGCCCUCCAUUUUCGCCUGGCUCCGGCGAAUCUACUCGCUGGAUACCCUUGACACUCGUUUUACCUCCACUGCCACUCCUGCUCCGGCCGACACACGGUCUUCCGCAAAAGAUGCCCGCGCCAAUGCAGUCGCUCAGAGCGCGUCGCCAUCCCUUUGGCGCACUCCAGAAUUCUUUGUCUAUUAUUUGUUCUUUAUCACACUCGUUCCUUUGAUGUUCAAGACCGUGAUUGAUGCCUCGAAGGAAAGUCACCCAAUCUACUCCACAUACUCUCACCUGCUAUCGUCCGGUUGGAUCCCUGGUCGCCAGGUGGACAACUCCGAUGCACAAUAUGCAAGCUUUCGCGACAAUAUCCCUCCCCUUCUUAUACUCCUGAUCGCCCAUCCGUUUGCUCGCCGUGUAUAUCAGUCAUACAUGAACCGCUCGAAGGUUGAAACCAAAAAACCGAGCCAUGCUGCCGGUGCAGGUGAGGCGCAACUCGAACAGCGAAUGCGCUUCGACUUUUGGUUCGGACUGGUAUUCAUAACAGCGCUUCAUGGAGUAUCUGUUCUCAAAGUGUUGUCGAUUCUGUAUAUCAACUUCCGGAUUGGAAAGGAUGUUCCUCGUUCCUAUGUCCCAGCUGUUACCUGGAUUUUCAACCUCUGCACAUUGUUCGCCAACGAGUUAUGCGGCGGUUAUCCCCUCGAAAAAGUGGUGAAGCUGUUUGCUCCCGGAACUAGCAUGUCAGACGGGAGCGCCACUAUGCUGGUGCAAUGGGCUCAAUCUUUGGAUGAUCUUGGUGGACUGAUGCCGCGAUGGGAAGUCCUUUUCAAAGUUACUGUGUUGCGCCUCAUCAGCUUCAACAUGGAUAACUAUUGGAGUGUUGAAUACCCCGCGGCGAGUCCAAUUGAAAAGAAGCAACUCGACCCUGCGUCUCUGUCUGACCGCGAUCGUGUUAAGAUCCCUGCAGAACCAGCCGCGUUUACAUUCCGCAACUACAUUGCCUAUGUGCUCUACUCGCCCUUAUAUUUGGCUGGUCCGAUUUUGACAUUUAAUGACUACGUAUCUCAACAGCGAUAUACACCCGCGUCACUCACCCGGCCCCGCACCAUGAUGUACGCCAUCCGCUUUGGUCUCACUCUGCUUUGCAUGGAGCUUAUUCUCCAUUACAUAUACGCAGUAGCAAUCUCCAAGGCCGACCCAGACUGGUCUCUUUUCACACCGGGCCAGCUGAGUAUGCUCGCCUUCUUCAACCUGCACAUCAUCUGGCUGAAACUGCUCAUCCCCUGGCGAUUCUUCCGCCUCUGGGCCCUCCUAGAUGGCAUUGACCCACCAGAAAAUAUGGUCCGCUGUAUGUCCAACAACUACUCCGCUUUUGCCUUUUGGCGCGGCUGGCACCGUUCCUACAACCGCUGGAUCGUCCGCUACAUCUAUAUCCCACUGGGCGGUGGCGGCGGUGGCCGGCGACCACCUGGAGCACCCAAACCAGCCUCACCACCUCAAUCCAACUUUAUGGGCAAGUUCCUUCAAAUCCGUAACUUCCUGUUGGUCUUUACAUUCGUUGCCUUAUGGCACGAUAUCAACCUCCGCUUGCUCAUGUGGGGCUGGCUCGUUACUCUCUUCGUUCUACCAGAAGUCUUGGGUGGCAUGCUUUUCCCAGCCCACCGCUGGCGCUCCCGCCCUACUAUGUACCGUGUUAUUUGUGGCAUUGGUUCUGUUGGCAAUGUGCUCAUGAUGAUGAUCGCGAACUUGGUCGGCUUUGCUCUGGGUCUGGAUGGAUUGAAGGAUUUGCUUGCUGGCCUUACAGGCUCAUACUCCGGCUUGGCAUACAUGGUUUCCUGCUGCGUAGUGCUUUUCGUCGGCAUACAGGUUAUGUUUGAAGUUCGCGAGGACGAGCUUCGUGCGGGAAUCAACUUGAAAUGCUGA